AAGACGAUGGAUCCGUUCCACGUCUCUGUAGCUGCCAUGUUCUGCAAAGCACACUCAGUCCUCCGGUCCAUCUUUAGUCCACAGUCAACGCAUCGCACCAUAUUGCUCAAGACUUGUCCCUUGGGUUCUGCUUAAGUAUUUAUUUUGUUUUGAAAAAAUCAUCAUCCACGCAAUUCUGACUCUAGCUGUCUUCCACCUCCAUUUAUUUGUCUUUUGAAAACCUAUCGCCCGCGCAAGUCGCAAAUUGAUGGCAGGUCUUUCUCGAACCGUUGCGAUGUCCACAACCAACUUGUGGUUGUUGCUCUUCCAAAUUUCUUGGCCCCAAAGUCACAUGUCUAUUGAACACACAGAAUUAGACAACAUGCUGCUAGUUGAAAACCUGAAGUGCAUCUACUAGACCCGACACGAGCAGUGGUGGCGCUACGAGUUAGAUGUCGUGAUGUCAAAACUAGAAAUUUAGCUUAUACGUGCACAAACUAUACCCAAAACUAUUGAAGCCGCCCGUGGACUCGAGCAGUGCUCCACUUGCUUACAAAAUGUGUAUUGGGACUACAAGAACAUAACUACACAUUCUAUGGUGGGAAUACGUUCGCGAUAAAACUGUGGAACACUGCACCAACUAAAUAUGGGUCAAGACAUGUGGAUGUUGACUCUCUCUAGUGGGUGUGGAAAAGUAAAUGCGUCCACAGAACCAGUCAAAGGAGUUGGCUAAUACGGCUUGUAUUACCUUCUCCCUCAUCUUUGUCCUUCCAUAUCAUCUGUCGAGUUUGCGCCAUCCUUCCCUGUUACCAAAUCAGGCUCCUCCAUUCAGACUGCUGCCAUGCAUCCAACCUCACUGCUCUUCACCUUGGCCUCACUGUUCCUCUUCCAUCAACGGGUACAUGCCGAGUGUGAGCCGAUGGCGUGCGGGAACUUCACCAUCAAGUACCCGUUCUGGCUCGGCGCGCCUAGCCGCCCCGCGCCGGAGCCCUCCUGCGGCCACCCAGCCUUCGAGCUCUGGUGCAGCGGCAGCAACACCUCCGCUUCCAUGCGUGGCUCCGCCAUCCAGGUCCUCAGCAUCGACUAUGGCGCCAGCUCCUUCGUCGCCUCCCAUAGCAGAUUCUCCGGGAGCGAGGACGGUGUGUGCCGCGCCGAUUUCAACAUGUCCUCCAGCCUAGCUCUUAGUUCGUUCAAGCUCAGCCCCAGCAAUAUGGCCCUGUGCCUCCUCUUCAAUUGCAACGGCACAGAGCCACGGGGACCCGCCUACGUGAACGCCACCCGCAGCUGCGGCAUUCCCAUCUAUGCGUACCUGGGCGGGCGCUACGACUGGGUCACGCCGCCGGCGAUUCCCACAGGGAGCUGCACGUACACUUACCUCCCAGUGCUCGCGUCAGAGGCGGCCAUCUCGACGGCGGCCAACUACAGCCGGCUGCUGAAGGACGGGUUCAUCCUGGAUUGGGCAGGCACCGGCAGCGGAGACUGCCACGCCUGCGUCGCUAGCGGCGGCGAGUGCCGGUACAGCAGCUCCACCGCAGAAUUCGCAUGCCUCUGCCGGUCUGCCCCGGCCGGUGGCAUGCUGCAUGGGCCAACAUGUGCCGGUGGCGAGAAGAGAGGGAAGAAGAUUAUGCUAAUAGGUAUGACAUCAGCAGCUGCAACCUUUCUCUUUGCAAGUCUUUAUGUGCUAAUAAUGCAUAGAAAGGGAAAGAGACUAUGGUUUCUCCUUUGCAAGAAGACUAGCAGCAACACUGAAAAAAAUUAUGAGGCCAUGAUAGUAUCAUAUGGAUCCCUAGCUCCAAAAAGAUUCAUGUAUUCAGAGGUAAUGAAGAUAACGUCUUCACGCAACAAUCAGCUUGGAAAAGGUGGUUAUGGUGUGGUUUUCAAAGGAAGACUACACGAUGGUCGUCUUGUUGCUGUAAAAUUCUUGCAUGACUGCAAAGGAAAUGGGGACGAGUUUGUGAAUGAGGUUAUGAGUAUUGGCAGGACCUCUCAUGUUAAUGUAGUUAGCUUAUUUGGGUUUUGCUUGGAGGGAUCAAAACGAGCUCUUAUAUAUGAGUACAUGCCCAACGGUUCCUUGGAUAUGUACAUUUAUUCAGAGAACCCCAAAGAAAUUUUAGGAUGGGAGAGGCUUUAUGCGAUAGCAAUCGGGAUUGCUCGUGGCCUCGAAUACUUGCACCAUAGCUGUAAUACACGUAUCGUCCAUUUCGAUAUCAAGCCCCAAAAUAUCCUUCUAGACAAAGAUUUUAACCCAAAGAUUGCUGAUUUUGGUCUAGCUAAAUUGUGCCAUACAAAGGAGAGCAAUCUUUCAAUGACUGGAGCUAGAGGAACAAUUGGGUUCAUCGCUCCAGAAGUUCACUCUCGAACCUUCGGGGUGGUUUCAACAAAGUCAGAUGUUUAUAGUUAUGGAAUGAUGCUAUUGGAAAUGGUUGGAGGCAGGAGAAAUGUAAAAUCAAUUGUUGCAAAAUCCAGCGAAAAGUAUUUUCCAGACUGGAUUUAUGACCACUUUGCGCAAGAUGAUGGAUUACAAGCAUGUGAAGUCACAGGAGAAACUGAGGAAAUCGCAAGAAAGAUGACAUUAAUUGGCUUGUGGUGCGUACAAAUAUUGCCUGCAUAUCGCCCUACCAUAACCAAAGUUCUAGAAAUGUUCGAGAGAAGCUCAAAUGACAUGGACAUGCCACCGAAGCAAAACUUCUCUGGAUUGCUUGAAAGUUCAGCUCACAAUAUGGAUGUACAAAGUUCAAGUUCUACCAGAUCUGAGGAGAUCAGCCUUGUGAAUUCAAAAAUCCUACAAAAAUCGCCAACUCUUUGAGCAGAUAGCUAGGCCUUGUGAAUCAAGACUGAGAAGGUGGCCUGUACUAGAGUACAUUCAGAAAUUGAACAAGCGCAGCGAAAUUCAGCAUUGUAGUUGAACAUAUUCCAUGUAUGCAUGACCUAGAGUCAAGAGCAUCCACAGGCCAGCGUCCUAAGGUACCGACUACAGAAGGAAUAUACAAUUUAAUUUGAUGAGUUUUGUGCUCCAACUGCUACAAUUUAAUUUACUCUCCCUCCGCUGGCGAGCCGAGGGUUUGCGCCGCUUCUCAAGCAACAUCGCUUCCGCGGCCCCUCAUUCGCCGCUGUAGCCGCCGCCAAUGCCGAGCGGGUCCACAGCGGUUGGUCGGAGAUCCACGCGCCUGAAGACGCCGCGGCGAGAGGCCUCGGCAAGGUAGCGACCACGGUGGGAGAUGGUGCGGCGAAUUGGGGUCACACACCGGCCAGCCAGCGGCAGUGCAACGCGCAACUGCGUUUGAGGUUUUGGGCUAUAGGCCUUCUCGAAGAAGAACCUGAGCUACGCAAUUAUCUCUCAUUCCAGUGAAAGUUCAGGUCACAAUAUGGAUGUACAAAGUGGAAGUUCUACAAGAUCGGAGGAGACAAGCCUCGUGAAUUCAAAAAUCCUACAACGACUGCCAACUCUUUGAGCAUAUAAGCCUUUUGAUUUAAAAAAAAACCUACAUUGACUCCCAACACUGUGAGAAGGUGGCAUGUAGUACAGUACAUUCAGAAAUUAAACAAGGGCGACGAAAUUCGGCUUUGUAGUAGAACAUAUUCCAUGUAUUCAUGACCUAGUGUCAAUAGCAUCCGCAUGCCAGCGUCCUAAGUUACCCACCACGGAAGGAAUAAAAUUGGUCUGACGAGUUUUGUGUUCCAA